UCAGCUAAGGAACCUUAAAACCUUAACCAUCCAUAUCACUUCCCUUUAUAUAUUCUUAUACCUUGCUUAUUAUUUCUGUAUUAUGCUUGCGAUGGCAACAGCGGCAUUUUCUUCACUUCUACAGCCAGAGAAACAACAAACGAGUUCAGGAGAAGCUAUUCCAACUCCAAGCAGCUCUAGUGCUUGGCAAUCAUCAGGAUCUAUUGGUCCAUUUUUUGCUGUGAUCGUUAUUCUUACGAUUCUUGCUGUGCUCUCUUGCUACUUGAGUCGCAUGUGUAGGCGGAGGGAACUUACUCCAUUGGAGAGUAUCAAAGGUAGAGGCUGUUUUGGAUGGGUGAAACGUCGGUGUCGAAAUUGUAUGGCUAGAGAUCUUGAAGUUGGAGGCGUUGGAGCUAAGGUUAUGGUUUGUGAUCAAGAAGAGGAAAUCGAUUCUAAGGUUAAAGAUAUUGAUGUUCAAAUUUAAUUAGUUGAUGCCAUAUACAUAGUAUGUUGUUAUUAUAAAUAAUAUUAUAAAUUUUAAAAUUGUUGGUGAA